GACGUUAUCCCCAGCACAACAAAGUUAGUUUACAUGAGUCAAAGUAAGUUUCCCUGAUGGAGACCACUCCUAAAGCAGACAAAUUAAAAUCAGUGUAUUCUUCACCUUGUGACGCAGAGGAGUCAAGUCCCUGUGCAUAUAAAGAAGAAAAGCAUCAACAAAAGCUGAGUUCCUCUCUGAAGGAGAGGCUAAAGAGAUCAAGGCGCUCCUUCACCUCGCCCUUCUCUGUGGCCAAACGCCUUUGUGUUGAUGAGGAGGAUGGCCAACAAGUUUCAGCAGAUUCCCAGGAGAGAGUUAUUAACUUACCACUGAUCAUGCCCAAUGUUGAUGUAAACAGAAAUGAAGAGACAGCAGGGAGGGAAAGGUUUUCUGGGCCUAUUCCUGAUCCAACACAUUCUCCUUCCAAAGACUUUGCACAACAACGAGAUCAACUGAAGAAGGAGGUUAAAGACAAGAUGGACACUCUACGCAGACUCAAGAUGGUUCAAAUGUACAGGAGCAAGAAUGAUUUAACACAGCUCCAAAUCUUGAUUGACAAGUGGAGGAGUUGUUCUCAGGAUGCACUGUAUGAGCUCCAGUCAGAUGUCCCCAUAGAUGGACGAAAGGCCAACCUGUCGAGGCUUAUUGACCUCUUUGGUCUGGAAGAUGGCAUUCUGCACUUUGACCGCACAGAGGAGGACUUCACUACCUAAUACAUAUGCCUUAAAAAUAAUCACAUUACAAAUAUCUUGAGUUAAAGUAAUUGUUUGAUUUGUUGCUGCUCUACCAUUCUUAUUCACAGCUUACGUUGUACAUUUAAUGUUCAGUUUACUUGCUAAAGAAGUGUAAAUAAAAUGGUGGUAUCUGUUGAAGAGAA